UUACAAUUAUCAAUUUAAAAUACCUGUAUCCCGCUCGUAUGGGUAUUCUUUGACGGGGAUUUGUUGAGUUUUGGAAGGGAUAGCCGUCGUCCAAGACGUUAGACAAUCCCACAUACGUAUUAUUAUCUUUGCCACUGUUCUUAACGGAUAACCACAACCGUGCUUCAGUACUACGUAUUGUGUUUUGUACGAAGCAGCGACGAGGACGACGAUUAUAAUACUACUCAAAUUUAUUAUUUUUCAUACAGGUAUUACCUAUCUUAAUAUUAUUCUAAUUAGUUAUUAGAUUGUUGUAGGAUAUUAUAGCCACGUACACACAUUGCCACAAUCUCGUCGUCUUAUCUGCCGGCCGAUGGUGUACCGGUGACCGCUGGCGUUAAUCUUAUUAGAUAAUUCUAUGGUUUAAUUUGCUCCGUCAUUUUUCUCCUACGUGACGACCGUGUCUUGCGAUUACUUCUGACUACAACGUACCUACUCGCAUUAAUAUUUAUUAUCGGCCACUCAUACAUUUUAAUAGACAUUGACGGUUCCGACAUCGACGUCGUGUUACCAAAAGGCCGUAAGUCGUCCUGUCGAACAUCCGAUCGCCGCGACUCCUGUCAUUCGCUGAAGAUUUCUCGUCACUGACUACAACUCACUGCCUCCACCUCCGCGGUUUCACACGGCCGAGUUCUGACCAAGUUUUUUUAUAUUCAUUUUUUGUAAUUGAUUGUCGUGUAAGUGCUCCCAAGGUUCACUAGACCGAUUAAGGUACGUGCCGUGCGAACUCUUUCGUCAUUAUUUCACUUACCCGUUCAACCAUGAAGUUCGUUGAUGAGAUAAAACAAAGAUUUGCCUCCACAGUUCAUAUCAGAUGUGAAAAUGAUGUCAAUGCAAAAAUCGAACAACUGGUGGCGGGUGGUCCAGACAAAUUACAAAUAAUAUCAGAUUUCGAUCGAACCAUAUCUACUUCACAAUACAACAACAAACAAACUAUGAGUAGUUUUAGUGUAUUUGAAGCAUGUGAUAGUUUAUCAGAAGAUUACAAAAAAAAAGCACUAACACUAUUACAAAAAUAUAGACCAAUCGAAGACAACACACAAAUGACAGUUGCACAAAAGUUACCAUUUAUUGAAGAAUGGUGGCAACAGAGUGAACUUUUGUUAAAAGGCCUGUGUUUCCAAUAUGAAGAUAUUAAAAAAUCUAUUGAGAAAGCUGACCUUCAUCUAAGAGAUGGUAGUACUGAAGCAUUUAACAAAUUAUUUUGUAAAAAAAUACCUAUUAUUGUUUUAUCCGCUGGCAUUGGUGAUGUUGUUGAACUGAUACUAAUGCAUGAAAAUUUGUUAACUGAGAAUGUAACAGUUGUAUCAAAUUUUUUAAAAAUGUCUAAAGAUAGUAAUGGCUUAUCCAAGAUUGAAGGAUUUAAAGGAGAAAAACUCAUACAUGUAUUUAACAAAAAUGAACAUACAUACAUUGAAACGCAUCAAAAUGAUACAAUUUUGAGCGGAAGGUCCAAUGUUAUCCUUUUAGGUGAUUCAUUAGGAGAUGCAAACAUGGAUGGUGGUAUCCCAUACGAUACCGUAUUACGCAUAGGUUUUUUAAAUGCUGAUUUGAUGGAACACGAGGAUGGUUAUUUGCAACAAUAUAAACUUGCUUUUGACAUAGUUUUGGUUCAAGAUCAAACAAUGGGGUUGCUAAAUUAUGUGUUGGAUGAAAUUAUUGGAGAAAUAUCAACACCAUCAAAUAAAAGAUAAUACAAAGAGACAACAAAGUGGCAAUUACUAAAGAUAUAAGAUAUAAAAAUCAAAUUACAUGUAUAUUAUUUACAUUUUACAUAUAUAUAUAUAUAUAUAUAUAAAAUACUGAAACUAAUCUGUUAUAACAUUUAUCUUAGAAAAUAAACUAAAAUAAUAAUCAUUGAA